AUGUCAUCAAAAAUUGAUAAAGGCACUGGUGAGAUUACAAUUUGCUGGGAUGAUUUUCGCAACACUAAAAAGAGANUCCGAGAUGAGGAUAUAAAUUCAGAUGCUGAAACGAAAAAAGAUCAAGCAAGUUGUUGUUCGGCAGCUGAAAUAUUAGACCAGAUUCAGAAACGCGAAGGGAUGUGUCUUCAUGGCACCGGAGACGUUGGUGAACCGGAACCGGUUAAUUUCGGUGAGGCUAAGCCAGCUGAAGAAAUCCUGGAAAAGGUUAUGCUUAGAGAAGGGAUGGCUCUUCACGGAAAUGGAGAUAUUCUGAAUGGGGUCACUCUCAUCAAUAACUUUUAUCACUGUGAGGAGAAAUCAAUAAUGUUGUUGCGAUGGCGCAAAGAAUUGAAGAGUGCCGUCUCGCUACAGCUCACCAGCGAUCGUGAGCUAUUGGCCAUGAAACCUCUCUGGCAUCCAGUCUUAAGGGAUCNAUCUCCGGGUGCGUCGUUCAACAGAAUCUGGAGACGCCUCACUCAUACCAUCUCGGAUUCCGAUGCUAACAGUUCACCGGGUCAAGCUCAAAUCCCCCAGACAGCAUCGAAUCUGGCCAAGAAGUGGAAAUAUAGACUCGCAACGGGCUCAGUCGAUCCAACAGCCUUCUUGAAUAUGAGUGAUAUUAAUUGCAAAAGCAACAGUAACAGUCAUCAUAAUAGUAAUUCUAACUUUACCAGAGACAAUAAAACUUGUAAUAACAAUAACAGUGAUAUUAAUCAAGACAUCAAUAAUAGUAUUAAUAAUUUCAAGUGUAAUAACACCUCAUUACCAAAGCUCUAUACUGGUAAUGAGAAGUUACUGAUACCAGAGCAUCAUUAUAUUUCAGAUUAUUUUAUAUUUUGA